AUGCCUGCAGGCAAACCGUCUGGUCUGAAGACUGCUCGCAAACUUCGAGAUCAUCGCCGAACCCAGAAAUGGUCGGAUAAAGCAUACAAAAAGGCUCAUAUUGGAACGAGGUGGAAAGCGAAUCCUUUCAAGGGUGCCUCACACGCUAAGGGUGUUGUACUAGAGAAGGUUGGUGUUGAAGCUAAACAACCAAAUUCUGCCAUCCGUAAAUGUGUAAGGGUUCAGCUUUUAAAGAAUGGGAAGAAGAUCACUGCUUUCGUACCUAAUGAUGGGUGUUUAAAUUUCAUUGAGGAAAAUGAUGAAGUUCUUGUAUCUGGUUUCGGGCGGAAGGGGCACGCAGUCGGCGAUAUACCUGGUGUAAGGUUCAAGAUUGUUAAGGUUGCAGGUGUAUCACUUAAGGCUUUGUACACACAUAAGAAGGAAAGACCCAGGGCUUAGUAUUUUUCAUAAUAUAUUUUCGUUUU